GCGUCCGUGCGCGCUGAGUCCAGUGUGGCACGGGACAAAUACGCUCGUCUUCUGUGAUUGUACGUGUUUCCCCUUCUGCCCCAGUCCCUACGACACAGGCAACAGGUGGAUAUGUCGUCAUCAUAUGCGGCUGCUAUAUCCGCUCUCAUAACAAGCAACCUCUCAAAUACGCCCAACCAGGCCAGUUCUCCCCCGGCUCCACGGACUACAGAGAGUGAUAAACUCAGCCCACACAGUAAAGCAGCUCAUCACCUCACACAGACCCAGUGUCAAGCACCAGAGCUCCCAGGCCCCACCGAGGAGCAGGAGAAUCCAGAGGAAUACGGCAUUGGUGGUUAUUAUCCUGUAGAAACUGGAGAGAUUUUUGUUGACCGCUACCAAGUGGUGAAGAAGUUAGGAUGGGGUCAUUUCUCAACAGUGUGGCUCUGUUGGGAUAUGGUAAAAAGGCAGUUUGUUGCUUUGAAAGUGGUAAAGAGUGCACAGACUUUCACAGAGACAGCACUAGAUGAGAUUAAACUUCUUAAAUGUGUGAUGGAUAGUGACCCCAAAGAUCCCAGAAGGGAAAGGAUAGUUCAUCUGCUCGAUAGCUUCAGAAUUACUGGUGCAAAUGGGGAACAUGUGUGCAUGGUUCUUGAGGUGCUGGGCCACCAAGUAUUGAGAUGGAUCAUCAAGUCCAACUACACAGGUCUUCCACUGCCCUGCGUCAAGAGCAUCGUCAGACAGGUAUUACAAGGUUUGGAUUACCUGCAUAGCAAAUGCAAGAUUAUUCACACAGACAUCAAGCCAGAAAACAUUCUUCUGAGUGUGGAUGAAGCACACAUACAAAAGCUUGCAGCCAGUACUAAACUAUGGCAGCUUCCAGUGCAGCCGGCGUCACCCAGCGCCGCAGUGAACAAAAACCCCAGAGAUAAACAGAGUUUGUCCAACUUAUGGGGGAAGCUGACUGGGGUUUUCCAUUCUCUGGGGGAGUGGUCCAACAAAGUCUCUAAAAGUCCACUUGAGCGACUGACAAGGAGGGACAGGAGUCGGCGGGGACAAAAGCACAAAGACAAACCUCACAUUCCCUUCUCUGACGUGCCCACCCACAGUCACAGCUGCAGCGGCCGCUCAAAGCUCUCCGACCUGGGCCUGUCUUUAAGGAGACAGACCAUGCUCCUGGAGGACGGCCAUGACUCCACUCCUUACAGCUACAGAGAGUCUAUUUGCUCUUUGCCAGACCUGAGCAGACAGUUUACUGUUUCAAGAUCAAUGUUACUGCAUCAGCCAGCUUAUAAACAGCCACCUGUGAAGAAUACUGAAGGCCCAGAUAGUGACCUGGACUUAUUGAAUCCACAGAAUGCUGAUAAAAUCAAAACUAAAAUAGCCGAUCUUGGCAACGCCUGCUGGGUGCACAAGCAUUUCACUGAUGGUAUCCAGACAUGUCAGUACCGCUCAGUGGAGGUUCUUAUCGGUGUUAAUUACAGCACACCUGCAGACAUAUGGAGCACGGCCUGUGUGGCUUUUGAGCUGGCCACGGGGGACUAUCUGUUCGACCCUCAAGCAGGAGCUACAUUUUCCAGAGAAGAAGAUCACAUUGCUCACAUAAUAGAACUGCUAGGACCACUUCCCACCCAGUUUGCUCUCUCCGGAAAGAACUCAAAAUUGUACUUCAACCGUAAAGGCAACUUGCGGCGUAUUUCGAAGCUCAAGCCAUGGAGUUUAUUGGAAAUUCUGCUGGAUAAAUAUGAGUGGCCCAGAGAGGAGGCGGUGCAGUUCAGCUCGUUCCUGCAGACCAUGCUGGAGAUUCUGCCUGAGAAGAGAGCCACUGCUGCUCAAUGUCUCACGCACCCAUGGAUCACCUCCUAAAAACUUCCACACAUUUUAUUUACUCUGCCGAAGAAACAUUUGUAUGCACAGUUUCUCACACACACGACAGUCCAAAGGGGGAACAUGUAGGACAGUAAGGAAGCAGGAAUGAUCUAUGACUCUGAUUUAUGCAGACAGGCUCAGUCUUCUAGAAACACAAGAGAUGCCUCAGUAAAUCACCCCCAGCAUUAAGCUAAUUUAUUUAUUCCGUUCCUAUAGUUUUACUUUGAAAACACCUGCAUAUAUUCACUGAAAUGAAUAAAUCGUCUUUGCGUACA